AUGGUGCUCGCAAAGAAGUCCGGGCAACUGGCGCAACAGCCACAGUGUUUCCGCUAUCAACUCAAGAAUGGAUCUUCGUAUGCGGUGAAACGUUUUCAGAAAAAAAGUCAAAGUACAGCGCAAGAAGAUUACCUGUCCAGCGUUCGGAACGAGGUCGACAUCUCUACUUAUCUGAAUCAUGAGCGAAUCAUGCCCAUCUUGGACUUUUUUGAGGAACACGGAGUGUUCUAUUCCGUGAUGCCUUACAUACCAAUCACGCUCUUUGAUCGUACCAUGGAAAAUGAUACUGCCUUGUUGGAAAAGGAACGGGACUGUAUCUUCCGACAAAUCGUUGAUGUGCUUGUAUACAUGCACGAUAAAGGGGUGGCCCAUCUGGACCUCAAGAUUAAGAACAUUCUUCUUGAGAACGAAAACGAAAUCAAAGUCAUUGACUUUGGUAACUCUCAAAUUUUCUGGCCUAUCUACGGAGCUUCGGUCAAAGUGGAGAUGAUCUUGCGAAACCUGCCAGAGCGGGCCCGGUCGGUGAUCGGCGGCAUGCUUCUGCCGAACCCACGGGACCGCAUCAGCAUGAGCGAAGCGUUAACAGAUGAUUGGAUCCGCAGUCUCCAUAAUUGCGAAAUGAUGCAGCAAUCUGAUUAUCUCCGUUGA